CCUAAUUGUAGCGGUCAAGGCGAGCGCAACCAUGCCCGCUCUCAGAUCGAUCCAGCACCGGCUCGGACGGCAUUCCGUUAUCUGUCUCUUCCAAAAUGGCCUAGGCCAGAUCGAAGAGCUCAACGAGCGCCUAUUCACGGACCCGCUGACACGACCGACAUACAUGUUUGGCAUUAUGCGCCAUGGGGUCUACAUAAAAGCGCCGUUUGAAGCCGUGCUGGCGGGGCUGACCGGAUCAUGCGCUCUGGGGAUCGUCAACGAUGGCCAGCAGGCAUCCUCAUCAUUAUCAUCUCCAUCAACAGCAUCUGCCCAAUCUCGAUUUCUCAUCGGCCGGCUGGUCGAAGCACCGAUCGUCCGAUGUUCCGAAAUGCCGUGGAUGGAGCUCCACCAGGCCCAACUGCUGAAACUGGCGACCAACUGUGUGGUCAAUCCAUUGACGGCACUGCUGGAUGUGCGGAACGGCUCGCUGUUAGCUGACCCCGAGCUGCAGGAGAUGCAACGUCAGCUUCUCCAGGAGAUCUCGCUGGUGUUCCGUCGUCUUCCGGAGCUUCAGGGUCUACCCGACGUGCAGGAACAAUUUUCCGUGGCCAGACUCGAGGAGCAAUUGAUCGGGAACAUCGAGAAGACGGCCAGUAAUUCCAGCAGUAUGCGCGAAGAUGUGCGGGCAGGUCGAGCCACGGAGAUUGCGUUCAUCAAUGGAUGGAUAGUGCGACGGGGCCAGCAACUGGGGCUGGAAUGUCCUACAAAUCGGUGCCUGACCCAGCUAAUCCUGGCUAAGACUAGCCAAGGGCGCUAAGCCGGCGAGAAAUUGGUGUGGAAAGGGGACACUGGGUCCAAAACAAAACAAGCAUAAGCCCCCCAGCAGGCUGAAAUGGUCCACAGUCCGUUUUCAGUCUGCGGUAUCAGGGUUAGACCAGCAAUAGACAGUACACCGGUAGUCGC